AAAAACUCAAAAUUUCAAACAUAACCUAAAUUUCGAUUUAUUUGGGAAUAAAGUGUUUCUAAAGUUAUUUACAAUAAAUAUUUAUAUUCGUGAUUAUUUAAUUAAAAUUAAUAACAAUCUAACGACAUUAUGGCGACAAGUCGGCUAGAACGAAUUGGAACAAUAUUUUCCAGGAUGGAGGCACUUCUGAAGCAAGGAGCUAUAAAGGUAGAUGACAGACCACUGUGGUAUGAUAUUUACAAAGCAUUUCCACCUAUCGUUGAACCAAAGUUUGCAAGACCGCCACCGGAAAAUAAAACUAUUCGCCCAAUACUUUACAAGGAAGAUGUUGUAAGAGCAAAAUUCCAUGCUAAAGGUCACGGAAUAAGCACUAAUUUGCUAGUGCCGUCUGGUGAAACACAAACUAAAAGGCUGCUUCAAAAAUACGAAGCUCUCAAAUCAGAAGGAGUCGCCGAAGAUGAAAUUAUUGAAAAAAGCGUUACUGCCGUCUCAAAAGAAAGACCGGAAUUUGAAAAAGAAGAGAAUGUUAGAGUGAACAAAGAGUCCGCAACUGCUCAAGUACUAGAAGGAGCAGACAUUAAAAAUAUUUUCAACGACAAAUAAUUUAAAUUUGUUAAUUAGUAAUACUGUAAUAUAUUUUGUAAGUAGUCAUAAUAAUUA